AUGUCCACUGAUAGCCAAUUACCAUCUGGCAUAAUAGAUUCUCUAUGUUUGAAGUAUGACAUUAUUUUGGCUAGCUCUUCUCCCCGAAGAUAUGAAAUCUUACAUGAUAUAAUGGGAAUCACUGAUUUAAAAACAAUGGUUUCUACAUUCGAAGAAGACCUUGAUAAAACCAAAUACUCUAUAGACCCAAUUGGAUAUGUUCGGGAUACCAGCUGGUGCAAAGCGCAAAGCAUUAUUGAAAUUUUGACUGACUACGAGAACGAGGAAACAUAUCAAAUGGGCAAACCCAAGCUCAUUGUAUGUGCGGAUACAAUCAUUAUAGACAAAGACGGAAAGAUCUAUGAGAAGCCUAAGACGAAAGAAGUUCAAACGAGAUUCUUAAUGAAGUUUUGCUAUGAAGAUGACGAACCUGUUAACGUUGUCACAGCUGUGACCUUGAUAAAAUGGUACAGUAAGGAGAAUUUUGAAUUGGUACCAUUUCAAGAUGAGACCAAGGUAUACUUCGAUAACAAGGUUCCAUUAGAAGUAUUGAAAGAGUACGUAAAGAGCGGAGAUGGUCUUAACGUUGGUGGCGGAUUCAAGAUACAAGGACGGAGUGCUAUAUUUAUUGAGAAAAUUGAAGGUGAUUAUUAUAACGUAGUUGGGCUGCCCCUUAACAAGACAUUCAAAGGUCUCUAUGCGGAGGCUAGUGUAGUAUAA